AUGUUCGACUGCCUCAUCCUGCUGCCGCGUGUCCUGAACACUCGUGUCAAAACUAAUAUCCCGCAUGCACUCAACAUUCAGAUUCGCGCCUCGCACAUCAUCCCGUUGGCCUUCGAGUUGUUGGCGAAUUCCUCGCGCAUGAUGCUCUUCGCUUCACCGAAGACAACGGGAGACGGUCAAGCGCCAACCACGGCGACCCAUCUGGCCAUUUACGUCUCUGUGAUGAUUUUCCUGAACUGUUUCCUCAUCCCUGGUGGCCCAACCUCAAACAGCAGCACCGGUAGUGUGUCAUAUCUCUUCUUACCAUCACCUCCGAGCGAGUGGAGACAAGUUGUUACGGGGUUUGGAGAGCUCUGUCAGUUCCCCUAUUGCCUGGGCGCCUUGUAUGGCAAGCACGUGAUCAUCUAUCGACCUCAAGUUACAGGAGCCACGUACCGGAACUACAUGGGCACAUUGAGCAUUCUGCUGAUGCCACUUGUAGACGUCUACCUGAACUUCAUGUACGCACGUGUGGGCAGGAAUGGCCAAAUGAAUGACAGCGGUGUCUGGGCUGCUACAAGCCUACGGGCACACAUGGGUCGUGGCUCGGCUUGGUUCCCGGAGCCAGCACAACUGCGAAACUCGUCGAAUGUGGCACCGUUUGUCAUUAUUGGCAACAAAGGGUUUCGUCUUAAGCCGUGCCUGUCGAGGCCAUUUUUGGCAGAUGAACUGAAGGAUCCUGAGACAAUGUUCAACUAUCAACAGGUCGAAAUCGUCCGCAGCCGGUUCCAAGUGUAUGGGGCCCUUCUUCGGCAAAGGCCUCUCAGGACAGUCAAAGUGGUGAAAACAACAAUUGCGUUACACAACUUUCGCCGAAAACAUAACUCUUCAAGGAGACGGUGCACUGCCCCAAAAAGCCUUGACGCUGAAGACGUCCUUACAGGAACAGUACGUGGUGACAGAUGGAGGACAGACGUUAACGACAAGGUAAUCUUCCCCCUGCAACGGAUUGGCGGCAAGCCAUUAACCGAUGCCAAAGCCAUUUGGAUGGUCUUCAACGUGUACUUCUGGCAUAAAGGCCAAGUCUCUUGGCAGCGGAAGUUAUUGAAAUAA